AUGGAGCUCAGAGGUUGCAUCAUGGUCUUGAUUGUGGUGAUGUCCCUGUAUCAAGGAAUGCACGGAGGAAGGCUGCCGCUCAGUCUGUAUAAGCGGCUCUACGACGAUUUCCUGAUGAACGUCUUUGAGAUGGCGUACACCAUGUCCGAACCAUUUAACCUCAGAAGCCGGAGAGUCUACUUCCUGUCAACCUACCUGAUGCAGUAUGCCCAAGCUCUUGAAGCCUGCAAAGCACUGGGUGGCAGUAUCGCAGAGAUGAACGAUCCUAUGGAAUACACAUUUGUGGCAAACUUUCUAAGAACAUACACUCGAGAUUCUGAUGAGGUCUUUAUUGCCGGAUACCGAACCGCCAACGAAGGUAGCUUUAUAUCUUCCGUUGGCGUUGACAUGCUCAGUCAAAUCAUCGCCUUCGACGAAGGCCGAGGCAACAGGAAAAGUCACGGCAAUAGCUCCUUGUACACCUACUUCCACCCGAACCGUCCUAGACAACAAGAUAAACUCCCAACGUGUCUAAGCAUUGAGCGAAGGGGCAACAUCCUGGCAAUGGUCAAUGGAAGAUGCGCUGACGAAAACUACCAGCGGUAUUUGUGUGAAGCCGAUAUUUCGGCCUAA